UGUAUCGACUUAUCCAUUUUAAAACCUCGGUGCACGUAUCCAAUACCGGUUAAUACCACUUCAGCAAUAUUUCAGCGACAGUCCGCGUUAUAAUGAUAACCGUUCUGCGCAGAGAAUCUGGCGAAAGCUCUGAAAUACAGUCAUCUGAAUGGGCCAGUCGCCCGCCAAACGCCGACGCAUUGGGACGCGUACGUGAUUUCGACACCCAUUCAUUUGCGCGUGCACCAUUCAUAGUAACUUUACGAACCUUCAAACAUGGAAUCUAAGUGCCGGUGAUACUUGUGUGCCAGUGCUAACUUUAAUAACCAUGAAGUGAAUUUUGAGCUUUAAUUAAGAUUCGAAAUACAAAAUAUUGCAGUAGCAGUGUUUGCGUGGUGUUAAUUGUAAAGCGACUGAUUAUGUUUCGAGGUGUUAAUUAGGGCUGGACGCAUUGGGUGUUUAUAGGUAUUUUGACAAAACGGAUUUGAUUCGCACUGACAAAUACCUAAGCCGCCAACCAGUGCCAUGUAUUCAGCCUAGAAUACUAGUUAUGUGCACUAGUGAUGCAGUCAACAUGCGGUUUAAGUGUAUCUAUCAAACAUGUGUGAAUUGAAUGGACCAGUCUAACCCGGCCGCAGACGUGCGCGCAGCAAUGGCGCGGAAAACAGGCCUCCUCGUCCUACUGUGGAUAGCAAUUUUCCCAUUGUACCGAGCGGAUAAUCUUGAACUGCUUCUUGGCACGCUUCGAACACACCAGAAAGCCGCCUGCGACGAAGAAAUGGUGUCCCUCAUAUGUCCUCGGGGUACCACCAUCAGUAUUCAAGUGGCUCAGUAUGGGGCGUCGGCAUCCCAGGGAUCCUGUGCCUCGGAGCUGGCGGAGUACCAGCCGGUAGCUGUGGAGGUGGUGGGAGAUACUAGUUGUUCUUGGCCUGCAGCGCUGCAGUAUUCAUUGUUACAGACGGUAGUAGAAGCGUGUCAGAAGAAGCGACAGUGCAAGUUCCACACCAGCCCGAAAGCCUUCGGAGUGGACCCUUGCCCGGGAUCCAGGAGGUUCGUCGAAGUCGCCUACAAAUGCCGUCCUUAUGAGUUCCGCAGUAAAGUGGGUUGCGAGAAUGACGUGUUGCACCUCAGUUGCAAUCCGCACUCAAGAGUAGCUAUUUACUCUGCUCAGUACGGGCGCACCGAGUAUGACUCCAUACAGUGUCCGCAGCCGAGAGGGAUGAAGGAGGAAACAUGCCUGGAGCCUUACGCGACGGAGACGGCGAUGCGAGAAUGCCACGGGAAGAGAAGGUGCGUGCUGUCGGCCGACAGCAACAUGUUUGGGAAGCCGUGCAGAAUGGGCAGCCGGACUUACCUUAAGGUCGUUUAUACUUGCGUGCCCCGAACGGUUUUGAAGGAGCGGUACGAGAGUGCACCCGAGGAAGACGAGGUUGCUCACGACGUAUCAGAGCUCGAACACGACGAUGUCGAUGAAUCCAACGACCGGUGGUGGGGUGAGUCUGCGGUGCCGCCUGCGCCGGCGGUGGCAGCCGUGCCUCCUCGCCCUUCCGUAGCCACUGCUGCCAAUGUCACUAGCAUCGUCAGAAGCGAGCCCUCACCUUCACCUAGACCUGAGAGAGAUGGUGCAAAUUAUGAUACAUUCACCACUAUGUAUGCGUAUAUCAUUGCGGGGGUGGCCGGAGCCAUGUCGCUGUGCAUCAUCGCAGUGGUCGCGCGGUGCGUGAUCCGCAAGAGAAGCCGCGACCAACCUAAGGGCCCCGACGUCUCCGCCAGCACUGAGAUCCCCAAUGGCUUCAACGACAGCAUAUCAGAGGUCGAUAACGACAUCAACAUCACCAGCUUAUCUGUCCCGGUCGAUACCGUUGAUUCUGGCUUAAAGCCAGAAAUGCAAUUCACCGACGUCGCUCUCAGUCCGAAAAUCAAUCGGUACGUCGGCCGACCUGUGCCUAAUACCUACCCUCACGUCAGCACUAACAUGUACGGGCAGGUUGCCGAAUUCCCCAUAGAAAUGCCGCUCCGAACUAUGCCCCACGGCACGUUAGGUCGCGGUGUAGCGGUCAAAACACUGCCUCGAGUCCAAGUGCAAAACGAGACGGACCCUAACACCAGGAGUUUAUAUCGAUAUUCCAACGCCCAGUACUACUUUGGGUGACAACAAGAAAACCAAGGUACGGACGUAUCUAGAACUUAUUGUUUUUAGUGAAAUGUAGUGAAGUGAAUAUAGGACUUAGUGGAUUAUAAACAAUGUCCUACUUUUAAAACUGUGAUACUGUGAUAUUAAUUGAAGAUCUUUCAUAAUGAACGCCACAGAAUUCUAUAAGAUAUUAGGAAUAUGAAAUACAUUGUGUCGGAGAGAAUUCUGUCUAGUUAAUUAAUAUGGAGAGUUUACUUGUUGUGAAAUUAAUUCUUAUACUUACAUUAGUUGAGGUUUUGAAGUUGUAGUUUUGAAUUGAGUUUAUUGAUGAUAAAUUAUACUUAACUGAUCGAUGACAUUAAUUAUGUAUUACUUAUCUACCUUUUAUUUUACAUUAAAAAACAAACUUCGCCAAUUUUCAAUUAAAACUUUGGUGUGCCUAUUUAAAUAUUAUUGUUUUCAGAAACAAAAUUUUCUUGCAAGGAGAUAAGAUAUAUUUCAAUCUUUCGCUUCGGCGCAGAAAUCUCAGGCGUGAAAGUAUUUUAAUAAAGCUACGGUCAUUCCAGAUUCGUUUUACAUUUUGUUAUCAUCUGAUCUUUUACAUUGAACUGCAUAUUUCAAUAAAUUACUAUUUCUAAGAAUUUUGUUACGCUUUUGUUUCUAAUUUUCUUUCUGUUAAUGUAUUCAUUUAUCGAUUAUUGAAAAACACCCUGCAGACUUGUGUAAUAAUAAUUUUGGGCAAAACGAUCGGAUUAUGAAGACAUAAUUUUAUUGAAAUAAGGAGACUGCAUUUUAUUGUUCUUUUAUGCAAGAAUUCUCAAGCGUAGCCAAAAUGUGGACCUGUUACAGUCAGGCGCGGAUGACAUACCUACUAAAGAACUUUUGUGCACUGAGAAGCAACGACCAGGAGACAGAUUCGGAUUUAAAUUCUUAUUCAGGAAAGUUUAUGGAUUUGAUGUGUCAGCUGUCUGUUUCAGAAAUGUAACUUUUGACUGCUGACAGAUCAAAUCCGUAACUGUUAUAGAAUAAAAAAUAAAAAUCAGUAUCGCACUCCUGGGUUUGGGAUAAAAUUUGACCGAUACAAAGUAGUGUAAAUAUAAUUAUUAGCUACAAAGCGUCAACCACUUUACCGCCUAUUGUGCCCAAGGUUAUCAAUUUGCAUGGAAAUGUACUCAACCGGUUAAGAAGGUUCUACUAGGUACGGCGAAGCUUUGCUUAUAAUAUUGUAUCGACCCCACUCAUAAGAAAUUGCCCAGGCCCGAAAUUGCUAGCUAGCAAUUGGAUUUGAUUAUAUUAACCAAGAGUUUAUGCGUUUAACUGGUUUUUAUGUUUAUGUAGACUGUAUCAGUAUGUAGUUGGCUGCAGACGAAUCCGAAAUUUGAUUUUGCUAUUCGAAGUGGUUAGUGUUAACGGGGGAUAGGGCUGUAUUACUAUGAUCGCAUAUAAUAAUAUCGAAAUUAAAUAGAUAUACUCUUUUACUAGCCUUUAAGUGUCCCGCUGCUGAACACAAGACUCCCCUCUUUCCCGCCGUUUGGUCCUAUCCUAUUACUCCCACCGCUCUUCACAAUAUUUAUGUAUAUUCAUAUUCAUAUUCUUUAUUUGUAUUAAUUAUACAUUGUCAUGGAUGCGUAAUAUAUGCGUAUAUUCUAUCUAAGUAGAUACAAGUAAUACAUUUAAUGUAAUCGUUCCAGUAAAGACAGUUUUUUAAUGCUCUGCCAUAUCCCGCGAGGUGAAUAUAUGACCAUGACCCGGUUGUCGUAUAGAAGACAUAUAAAUUCAAUCAUUCGAAGUGUACCCAUAAAAUAUAUUUUUUUUUCAAUUUCAUUGUAUUAGAAAAAAUAAUAUCUGUAUAUUUUAUUACCUCGCGGAGUGUCAUUGGUCAGACAUUAAAAAAACAUCCUAUAUUUAGCCGAUUGUGCAGUACCACGUGAAUACAUGAAUCGGUUUAACGGGUGCUUUCCUUUUAUUCCAUGGAAAUGUAGUCUAAUACGAGAUUGCAUUUAAAUAUUUUAACAGUAUAAAUUUCGAACAAGUUUGAGAACAAAUCAAAUUAUUUUAUUAAAUAUUAUUCGGCCUUCACCACUGGAGGGCUUCGUCACUUUUUCUUUAAUAUAUGACAUCUAUUACAGUUUUUAGUAUAAAUUUCGUCACUUAACAAAAGCUCUUAUUUACAAACGCCAGGGCUCUUCAACUACUAGAAAAUGGACUCCACUUUCGAUCAGGACAGCUUAUGAAAGGUAUGGUUUGUGGGAUCGCCGUAUAUUCAAAUAAUUGUCUUACAUUGCCAAAAAAGGAGAAGGCUCUUUACCUAAAGAGCUGACUUUUCAUUUAGAUAUUAAUGAUAUCGAGCAUCUUCGAAAAACCUUCGAAGACACGUAUUAAUUUGUAACUUGGGUUUACAUUAUACUAAAAAUAUCAGUUCUAUGGAAUUACAGUAAAGUACUAGUAUUAUGUGGGAAAACGUAUCGUCAUGUGGUUCACAAAGGCUCUAUAAAAAAAAUGACUGACAUUUAAAUUACUAUUUAGAACACAUUAUUUGAUAUUAUAAAAAAAUAAUUAAGGUCUGUACAGAAAACUUUUUAUGUGGUACAUCGAUUAAAUAUUAAAUUAUAUGCACA